GACCUUAGGAACCUCAGGCGAGCUGCGAGGCGAGGCAGUCAGUCGCUCUCAGCUAUGACAUGCAUAACGCAUGAGAGCUAGCCGAUCUCUUAACAGUCCGUCUGUCUUUCUCUAUUUACUGUCUGUCUGUCCUUCUCUCUCUCUCCCUAGGCAAAUUUUUUUUUCCCCUCCGUGGGUGUUUAAUUACCGGUUUUUGUUUUUUGAAUCGCGAACCGGUAAAAGGAAAAUAAAAAAAAAAAGUGCUUCAAAAGGAGUUACAACACUGUGGAUGAGUGAUAACGUAGUGAGGUGCGUGUUUGGUGUAAUUCCGUUUGCGGGAGAUGUGCUACGAGGAUAGUGUUCUUUGAACUCUAGGGAUUUUUUCGGCGAAUGCGUGCUGUAGGGCACUUGAUAGAAAUUACCUCGAGGAGAGGUAUUUGGAGUUAGAGUGUUAGGAGUAGAUGGCUGCUACCACGUACAUGCCGGUUAGUAGUGCAGUUUCUUCUGACCUGGAUGGUGGUUCAGGUUCGACGAUCGGAAUGAACAUCGCCGUGGGUGGCUACUCGUCGGGCUCACCCCGGAGUGCAGCCGACGCUGGGGAAAUGAAGUACAUGCCCGCGCCGCAACAUCAUCAUCAUCACCAUCAUCAUCACCAGGUGAACUCGUCGCCAUCGCCAAAUGGACUAUCGCACUCGGCGGCGAGUUUGUCGUCGGCCAAUCCAUGGGUGCCGGAUCCUUGGGCCGCAUCGAUGGGCAUGCACCACACGACCCACCAUCCCCAUCACCAUCCGCAUCAGGCGAAUCUGGACGUGAAACCCCUAACCGCGGCGGCGACCGCCACAGAUCAGGGCAUGCACCAUAGAGGACCCCAUCAGUCGCCAGGAAUGGCGUCGCCACAUUCCUGGCACGCACCAGUGGUCCCCUCGGCCCACUACAACCCAUCCGGGGGCGCAGCGUCGCCAACUACGCUCCAACAGUCCGUGUACCAUGCGGCGAUGAACGGCAUGCUCCACCAGCAUCCCCAUCAGCACCCCCAUCAGCUCCACAAUCACCAGGCAGGGCUACCUCACCAUCUCCGCGACGCUCACAACCACAGUCCCCCCUCGGGCCAUCCUCUGCACGGCGGCCACCCCCUCGACAGGGACCACAGCGCCGGCGAGGAGGACACCCCGACCUCCGACGACCUCGAGGCCUUCGCCAAGCAAUUCAAGCAGAGGCGCAUCAAGCUCGGCUUCACUCAAGCCGACGUCGGCCUCGCCCUCGGCACCCUCUACGGCAACGUCUUCUCCCAAACCACGAUAUGCAGGUUCGAGGCUCUCCAACUAAGCUUCAAAAACAUGUGCAAACUAAAACCCCUCCUGCAAAAAUGGCUCGAAGAGGCAGACUCAUCAACCGGCUCCCCAACCAACAUCGACAAAAUCGCCGCUCAGGGCCGCAAACGAAAAAAGCGCACCUCCAUCGAAGUGAGUGUCAAAGGCGCCUUAGAGCAACACUUCCACAAGCAACCAAAACCCUCCGCCCAGGAGAUAACCAGCCUCGCCGACAGCCUCCAACUCGAGAAGGAAGUCGUCCGGGUCUGGUUCUGUAACCGGCGGCAAAAGGAGAAGCGAAUGACGCCACCAAACACCCUCGGUGACGGCAUGAUGGAGGGCCUACCACCCGGUCACCAAAGCCAAGGCGGCCUCCACCAAGGCUACCAUCCGCAGGAUCACCUCCACGGCUCCCCAAUGGGCCACAGCCACAGUCCCCCCAUGCUAAGUCCUCAGGGUCUCACGGCUCAUUCCCUUGCGGCCCACUAGCGUUCGCCUGGGCCUCCCCCACUGGGCCUCGUCACAUCCCAACCAAAUUCAUCCGGAACACCGGAAUCCGUGCUACCACCAUUCUACCAUCACUAUCUUCAAGCGCGCACCAGCAGCUACUCCAAUUCGUAGCUAGUCCGUCGCUAUCAAGCACAAUGGGAUUAAACGAGGAACCAAAACUACUUCUGCAAGGGAGAGGCUUUCAUUAAACUGCAGUAAUUCCCCCCCAAAAAAAAAACAAGUGUUUCGGGAAUUAGACUAUAAACUCUAAAAAAAGGACAAAUUCUCCGAAACUGCUCCAAGCAAAUUUCCGAGGACAUAAAAUAUAUAUGUAAAAAGAGAAGUAAAUAUUGAACUGUAAAUAAGAUUUAAAUUAGUAUUUUAAGUGUGAGCGACAAUUCCCGCGUCUCUGUUUAUUUCUCUCUCGAAAAAAAAAUAGUGAGUGUCUCAUAAUAAUUAUUUGUCAUAAAUUCGGUUGUUGUAACAGAAAAUUUUGAUUUGUAAAAUUCACGAUUUUUGAAGACUUCGUUUGCAUCGAAAAUCGAAGUUUAGCAAAAAAUUAUCCGAAUAGAUAUUUGCAAGAGACGUGUGCGAUUCCAUCGAGUCCCCCUCAUGAAAAAUAAGUCCCCGUCUGUAUAGAUUGGACCUUGCUAGGAAAAUUCUUGGGACCUUUCUCACACAAAUCGAGAGGAGAUAUAUUCGGCAGCUGCGCCAAUACCGUCAUCCCGCGUGUGAAUUGUGCAUAUUAAUACUUAGAACUAACAUUUACUAUAUAUAUAUACAUAAAUAUAUAUACAUGUUAAAUCUACUAUUAAAGGCUGUAGCAAGUGGGUUAUUAUGAUUAAGACACUAUUUUAUGUAACUUCGAUUUUUGUUAUUUCACUAAUAAUCUCUCCCCAAAAAUUUCCUCUCAGAUAUCAAAAAUAUUUUUUUAACCAUUUUUUUUUCAAUAUCUUUGUCCAUAAUUUUCCAUAUCUUUCUACUUUUUAAAAUAAUUGUAGUUUUCUGAGAGUUUUUUUGGUUAUGUGACACAUUACCCCAAUUCUUUAUUUUUUGGCCUAAAACUCCUU